AUGUUGAUAUGCGCUUCUGGUCAAAAGCAUGACUUUAUUGUUGAUACUGGUAGUGUUGAGUCCAUUAUCCCACAGUCAGUUCUAACUGAACUCUACCCCAGUGCCGUGAUAGUGCCUACAGAUGUUAACAUUCGCGGUAUCACUGGACAUUCUGUACCUUCAGUUGGUCGUCGCACGAUCCCUGUAAGUUUACCCCAAAAUACCUCGAUCGACUGUAAUUUCUUGGUUCCAGCGUCGGGACCAUCGAUUGUCGGACUCAAAGUUCUGCGCUCACUGCAAACCAGUAUCAUCUUACUGCCUUCUGUGAAUGGGAAUGAACUCAAACAACUGAUUUCGAAAUGUUCUAAACCUACAAAUGGCAUGAAAUCUCCCAAGGUGAGGCUCGAGUUUACAGGGAUGUCUAUAUUUCUUAAGAGACGGAUUAUUCGUUUUAGCUUACGACAGCCUGUUCGUCAAUCGUUAAAUUUAAUGUGUGCGAAAGGAAUACUGACUCCUGUCGAAUCAUCAAAUUGGGCAACUCCGAUAGUUACCCCACUUAAGGCUGAUGGUAUUACUCCGAGAAUUUAUGGUGACUACCGGCUUACGCUAAAUACGCGGCUACUACAACGUACAUACACCACGGAAGAGCCAGAAGAUGUACUGUACCGUUCAUCAGGUGCAAGUGUGGUUUCAAAAAUCGAUCUAAAAUAUGCUUAUCCUCAAAUACCACUAGACGAAGCCUCUAGUAACCCUACCGUGAUCAACGCACCUUUUGGGUUAUUCCAAUACACUUUCCUUCCCUUUGGUUUGAACGUUUCACCCGCUGCAUUUCAGCAGGUUAUGAAUACCAUUGCAAAAGAUUUGGUGGGUAUUGAGACGAACCAAGAUGGCGUCAUUGUGCACGCUGCUGACAAAACUACCCAGGAUGUGCGUCUGUUGGCUUUACUGAGGAGAUUUUCUGAGUCCAAUGUAGCUAUUCAUCGUGAUAAAUGCAUUUUUGGUGUCCCAUCAUUUUCAUGUCUCGGCUACAUUAUGGAUGGCAGAGGUUUUAAACCCGAGACAAAACGUCUAUCCACUUCAGCUUACCUUGAGUCUUUUGAAGAUCUGACUUUUAAUAAAGAUCGGGGUAUACUUAAAAAGGUUAUCAAAGAGGGGUCUCGUGAUAUCAAACCAUGUCCCGAAGACACGGUUGUUGUGCACUAUGUGGGAACGUACUUCGGUGGGGAACAACAUGGAGAACAGUUUGAUUCAAGCCGAGCUAGGGAGAAGGAGUUUGAGUUCACCAUCGGAAAAGGUGAGGUUAUCAAGGCAUGGGAUGUUGGCGUUGCGACAAUGAAGGUUGGCGAGGUGUGCGAACUGAUCGCUGCUCCGGAAUAUGGUUAUAACGACGGGAAAACGAUGAAGUUCGAAAUCGAGCUAUUCGAUACGAAGGGAAUGGAUGUCAGCACAAAGAAGGACGGAAGUGUCCGCAAAUCUGUCCUAGACAAGGGUAGAGACCUUCUGACACCCACUGUUGGGCUUGACGCUGAUAUAAGCUACCGGACUUUUGGCGGACCCGAUAGUCAGGAUUUCCGCGAUGUGUCCUACAUUGUGGGUGACCCAGCCACAAACGCGAUUCCCGAGUGUGUGGACUUGGCAGUACGCCAUAUGCACACAGGUGAGCGCAGCUUGGUCAGGAGAGCGGGUCUCUCGGAAGCACCCGCUGGAGAUGUCGCCAAUGCCAUGGAACAAGCCUACGAAGUCCGUCUUCGAACUUUCGAAAAGGCUAAACGUCUGCAAUCCUUAACCACAUUCACAGAGCAAAUCUCUUACGCCGAGACUCUCAAAUCCAAAGCAAAUGAUUACCUCAAAAUAUCGAAGUUCGACCUAGCCCUGUCUCUGUACGAACGUCUUCACGAUGAUUUACAAUACAUAAUUCCUAAUGGGGUGGAGGAGCACAAAAUAUUGGAUGGAGUUAUUACUGCUGUUCGGCUAAAUAUGGCACUCGUCUAUCUAAGGCUCAGAGAUGCGAACAACUGCUCUGAUAAGUGCAACAAAAUUCUUGAGACUGAUCCCUCGAACGAGAAGGCCUUGUUCCGCCUCGGCCAGGCUUGUCUCCUAAGGAAAGAUCACGAGGAUGCCGCGGUGCAUUUCCGGCGUAUCGUUCAAACUAACCCGAAUAAUACGGCUGCCGCCCAGCAGUUGCGUGUUUGUGAGGAGGCCAUUAACCUAGCCAAAGAAAAAGAAAGAAAAAUGUUCAGAGGUGUUUAUGAGCGCUUCAAAGAGACUGGUUUAGGUGCCCCUGGCAGCGCGGAUACUUCCACAACAGACAUGGAAAAGUCAGCGGCAUGA